GCCGCCGCUCCCGCCGCCAUUUUGGGUUUGCUUUGCGGAGGGGGAGACGAUCCCCGUCUCGGUUGCGGGACCCGCCUCCCUUCGGUUUCCCCCCUUUAGACUACGCCUUUCGCUUCUCCUCUCUCGCCUUUCCGCCAGUCCGCUCGCCCGCUGGCCGCCUCCUGACAAGCGGGAGGGAUAAGGUGUGGAGCACGGGAAGCCGAGGCUCCUGGCUGCCACCCCCUUUCCCACUUCCCUGCUCUCAUCGCUCUCGGCCUCUCGAGAAAGAGAUGCUGAUUGCAAGUUUUGGAAAACCCUGUUUUUUAUGGAACACUGUUCUGUACAAACUUCAUUAAGAUUCCGUGGCAAUAAUAUACACUUGUGAUGGACCCUAGGAAUACUGCUAUGUUAGGAUUGGGUUCUGAUUCCGAAGGUUUUUCAAGGAAGAGUCCUUCUGCCAUCAAUACUGGCACUCUGGUCAGCAAAAGAGAAGUAGAAAUAGAGGUUAACACCAAAGAAGAAGAGGAUCCUCGCAAGCGGAAUCGAGAAAAAAACAUUGAAGUAGGAAAAGACGAUGGUUUGACUGAUUCACAGCAACAGUUUUCAGUGAAAGAAACAAACUUCUCAGAGGGAAAUUUAAAACUGAAAAUUGGCCUUCAAGCCAAGAGAACUAAAAAACCUCCAAAGAACUUGGAGAAUUACGUAUGUCGACCUGCCAUAAAAACAACUAUCAAGCAACCAAGGAAAGCACUUAAAAGUGGGAAGAUGACAGAUGAAAAGAAUGAACACUCUCCUUCAAAGUGGGACCCUUCAAAGUUGUACAAGAAAGCAAGUGAUGCUGCAGUCAUUGAAUGCCAAUCUGAAGAAAGCAUCCAUCUUCAUUCACAGGGAGAAAAUAAUCCUUUGUCUAAAAAGCUUUCUCCAGUACACCCAGAAAUGGUCGAUUAUAUUAAUGCAACACCAUCUCUUGUUAGUAGUCGGGAUCAUGAUAUAAAGGACAGAACAUUACUUAAUGGAGGAACAAGUGUAACAGAAAAGUUGGCACAGCUCAUUGCUACUUGUCCUCCUUCCAAGUCUUCCAAGACAAAACCGAAGAAGUUGGGAACUGGCACUACAGCAGGAUUGGUAAGCAAGGACUUGAUCAGGAAACCAGGUGUUGGCUCUGUAGCUGGAAUAAUACAUAAGGACUUAAUUAAAAAGCCAGCUCUUAGCACAGCAGUUGGAUUGGUAACUAAAGAUCCAGGGAAAAAGGCCAUCUUCAAUGCAGCAGUAGGACUGAUCAAUAAAGACUCUGUGAAAAAAUUGGGAACUGGCACUACAGCGGUAUUCAUUAAUAAAGACUUAGGCAAAAAGCCAGGGACUAUCACUACAGUAGGACUGCUGAGCAAAGAUUCAGGAAAGAAGCUAGGAAUUGGUAUUGUUCCAGGUUUAAUGAAUAAAGAAUCGGGCAAGAAAUUAGGACUUGGCACUGUAGUUGGACUGGUUAAUAAGGAGCUGGGAAAGAAAUUGAGUUCUACUGUUGGGCUAGUGGCCAAGGACUGUACUAAGAAGAUUAUAACAAGUUCAGCUGUGGGAUUGGUUAAUAAGGACAUUGGAAAGAAACUAGUGAGUUGUUCUAUGGCAGGACUAGUCAAUAAAGAUGCCAUAAACCUUAAAUCUGAAGCACUGCUCACCAUUCAGGAACCACUUAAGGCUUCUUGUAGUACAAACAUUAAUAAUCAUGAAAGUCAAGAACUUUCUGAAUCUCUGAAAGACAGUGCUAUCAGCAAAACGUUUGAGAAGAAUGUUAUGCGACAUAGUAAAGAAAGCAUAUUGGAAAAAUUUUCAGUCCGAAAAGAAAUUACUAAUUUGGAGAAAGAGAUAUUUAAUGAAGGAACAAGCAUUCAGCAAGACAGUUUCUCAUCCAGUGAAAGGGGAGCCUUUGAAACCUCAAAACAUGAAAAGCAACCUCCUGUAUAUUGCACUUCUCCAGACUUUCAAAUGGGAGGUGUUUCUGAUCCAUGUACAGCUAAGUCUCCUUUUAGUGCAGUAGGAGAAAGCAAUCUUCCUUCUCCAUCACCUACUGUAUCUAUUAAUCCUUUAACCAGAAGUCCCCCUGAAACAACUUCACAGUUGACUUCAAAUCCAUUACUUUUAAAUUCUGCAACAGAACAAAUGGAAGAAAUUGCUGAAUCUGUUGGAAAGAACCAGUUUACUUCUGAAAAUACCCACUUAAAUGUUGGUCAUAGGUCAUUGAGUCAUAGCAUGAGUAUUGAAUGUAAAGGAAUUGAUAAAGAGCUAAAUGAUUCAAAAACUACACAUCUAGAUAUUCCUAGAAUAAAUUCCUCCUUGGGAAAAAAGCCAAGCUUGGCUUCUGAAUCUGGUAUUCAUACAAUUACUCCUUCAGUUGUUAAUUUCACUAGUUUAUUUAGUAACAAACCUUUUCUAAAACUUGGUGCAGUAACUGCAUCUGAUAAACACUGCCAAGUUGCUGAAGGCCUAAGUACUAGUUUCCAGUCCAAACCAUUAAAAAAAAGAAAGGGAAGAAAACCUCGGUGGACUAAAGUGGUGGCAAGAAGCACAUGCCGGUCUCCAAAAGGACUAGAAUUAGAAAGAUCAGAGCUUUUUAAAAAUGUUUCAUGUAGCUCACUAUCAAAUAGUUCUGAGCCAGCUAAGUUUAUGAAAAACAUUGGAGGAGCAUCUUUUGUUGAUCAUGAGUUCCUUAAACGUCGAUUGCCAAAGCUGAGUAAGUCUACAGCUCCAUCUCUUGCUCUCCUAACUGACACUGAAAAACCAUCUCAUAAGUCUUUUGUUGCUCACAAACUGUCCUCCAGUAUGUGUGUCACUAGUGACCUUUUGUCAGAUAUUUAUAAGCCCAAAAGAGGAAGACCUAAAGCCCAGGAAAUGCCUCAGCUAGAAGGUCCACCUAAACGGACUUUAAAAAUACCUGCCUCUAAAGUUUUUUCUUUGCAGUCUAAGGAAGAACAAGAACCCCCAAUUUUGCAGCCAGAAAUUGAAAUUCCUUCCUUCAAACAAAGUUUGUCUGUAUCUCCUUUUCCAAAAAAGAGAGGUAGGCCUAAGAGACAGAUGAGGUCUCCAAUGAAGAUGAAGCCACCUGUAUUAUCAGUAGCUCCAUUUGUUGCCACUGAAAGUCCAAGCAAGUUGGAGUCUGAAAGUGAACACCAUAGAAGUAGCAGUGAUUUCUUUGAGAGUGAAGAUCAACUUCAGGAUACAGAUGACUUAGAUGACAGUCAUAGGCAGAGUGUCUGUAAUAUGAGUGACCUUGAAAUGGAACCAGAUAAAAAAAUUACCAAGAGAAACAAUGGACAAUUGAUGAAGACAAUUAUCCGCAAAAUAAAUAAAAUGAAGACUUUAAAGAGAAAGAAGCUGUUGAAUCAGAUUCUUUCAAGUUCUGUAGAAUCAAGUAAUAAAGGGAAAGUGCAAUCCAAACUUCAUAAUACAGUGUCAAGUCUUGCUGCUACAUUUGGUUCUAAAUUGGGCCAACAAAUAAAUGUCAGCAAGAAAGGAACCAUUUAUAUAGGAAAAAGAAGGGGUCGAAAACCAAAAACUGUCUUAAAUGGCAUUCUGUCUGGUAGCCCUACCAGCCUUGCUGUUCUUGAGCAAACAGCUCAGCAGGCAGCUGGGUCAGCAUUAGGACAGAUCCUUCCCCCUUUACUGCCCUCAUCUGCUAGUAGUUCUGAGAUUCUUCCAUCACCUAUUUGCUCUCAGUCUUCUGGGACUAGUGGAGGUCAGAGCCCUGUAAGUAGUGAUGCAGGUUUUAUUGAACCUAGUCCAGUGCCAUAUUUGCAUUUGCACUCCAGACAGGGCAGUAUGAUUCAGACUCUUGCAAUGAAGAAAGCAUCAAAGGGGAGGAGGCGAUUAUCUCCUCCUACUUUGUUGCCAAAUUCUCCUUCACACUUGAGUGAAUUGACUUCCCUGAAAGAAGCUACUCCUUCCCCAAUUAGUGAGUCUCAUAGUGAUGAGACCAUUCCCAGUGAUAGUGGCAUUGGAACAGACAAUAACAGCACAUCAGACAGGGCAGAGAAAUUUUGUGGACAAAAAAAGAGGAGGCAUUCUUUUGAACAUGUUUCUCUGAUUGCCCCUGAAACCUCUACAGUCCUAAACAGUCUUAAAGAAAAACAUAAACACAAAUGUAAGCGCAGGAGUCAUGAUUACCUCAGUUAUGACAAGAUGAAAAGACAAAAACGAAAACGGAAAAAGAAAUAUCCACAACUUCGAAAUAGGCAGGAUCCAGACUUUAUUGCAGAACUAGAGGAACUAAUAAGUCGUCUAAGUGAAAUUCGGAUUACCCAUCGAAGUCAUCAUUUUAUUCCCCGAGACCUCCUGCCAACUAUUUUUAGAAUAAACUUUAAUAGUUUCUAUACACACCCUUCUUUUCCCUUAGACCCUUUGCACUACAUUCGAAAACCUGACUUAAAAAAGAAAAGAGGGAGGCCCCCUAAAAUGAGAGAGACAAUGGCUGAAAUGCCUUUUAUGCACAGUCUUAGUUUUCCUCUUUCUAGUACUGGAUUCUAUCCCUCUUAUGGCAUGCCUUAUUCUCCUUCACCCCUUACAGCUGCUCCCAUAGGAUUAGGUUAUUAUGGAAGGUACCCUCCUACUCUUUAUCCACCUCCUCCUUCUCCUUCAUUCACCACUCCACUGCCACCUCCUUCCUAUAUGCAUGCUGGUCAUUUACUUCUUAAUCCUACGAAAUACCAUAAGAAAAAGCAUAAGCUGCUUAGACAGGAGGCCUUUCUUACAACCAGCAGGACUCCUCUCCUUUCCAUGAGUACCUACCCCAGUGUGCCUCCUGAGAUGGCUUAUGGUUGGAUGGUGGAGCACAAACACAGACACCGUCACAAACAUAGAGAACACCGUUCUGAACAGCCCCAGGUUUCCAUGGACACUGGCCCUUCCAGAUCUGUCUUGGAGUCUUUGAAACGUUAUCGAUUUGGAAAAGAUACUGUUGGAGAGCGAUAUAAGCAUAAAGAAAAGCACAGGUGUCACAUGUCCUGCCCUCAUCUCUCUCCUUCAAAGAGUUUAAUAAACAGAGAAGAGCAGUGGGCCCAUCGAGAGCCUUCAGAAUCAAGUUCAUUAGCCUUGGGAUUGCAAACACCUUUACAAAUUGACUGCUCAGAAAGUUCUCCAAGUUUAUCCCUUGGAGGAUUCACUCCCAACUCUGAGCCUGCCAGCAGUGAUGAACAUAUGAACCUUUUCACAAGUGCAAUAGGCAGCUGCAGAGUUUCAAACCCUAACUCCAGUUGCCGGAAGAAAUUAACUGACAGUCCUGGACUCUUUUCUGCACAAGAUACUGCACUUAAUCGGCCACACAGAAAGGAACCACUCCCUUCCAGUGAAAGAGCAAUACAGACUUUGGCAGGUUCCCAGUCAACUUCAGAUAAACCCUCCCAGCGACCAUCAGAGAGCACAAACUGUAGCCCUACCCGGAAAAGGUCUUCAUCUGAGAGUACUUCUUCAAUGGGCUGGGGAUCAAAUCCAGGAACUUGCCUAACAUGGGCAAGUCCCUGCAAAAGAAAGACAAAAGUGAAUGGAAUUCCUUCACGAAGUCCCAGAUUGGUUGCUUCUAUGGAUGACUCUGUGGAUAGUCUGCUGCAACGGAUGGUACAAAAUGAUGACCAAGAGCCCACGGAGAAAAAUAUUGAUGCUGCAAUUGCAACUGUGUCUGUACCACCUUCCUCCAGUCCAGGCCAUAACCAUAGUAAAGAACGAGCCCUAGGCAAACCAGAGGGUCUUCUAGUGCCAGCAGUCCCAGCUGACUCUUGUAGUAAUAAUGCUCCACUCCUUUCUGAAAAAUUAACAAGCAGCUGUUCUCCCCAUCACAUUAAGAGAAGUGUAGUUGAAGCUAUGCAGCGCCAAGCUCGGAAAAUGUGCAAUUAUGACAAAAUUUUAGCUACCAAGAAAAACCUGGACCAUGUCAAUAAAAUUUUAAAAGCCAAAAAACUUCAAAGGCAGGCCAGGACAGGGAAUAACUUUGUGAAGCGCAGACCAGGUCGACCUCGAAAAUGUCCCCUCCAGGCUGUGGUAUCAAUGCAAGCAUUCCAGGCUGCCCAGUUUGUCAACCCAGAACUGAAUGAAGGUGAAGAAGGAUUAACAUUGCAUCUAAGUCCAGAUACAGUUACUGAUGUGAUUGAGGCUGUGGUUCAGAGUGUGAACCUUAAUUCAGAACACAAGAAGGGAUUGAAGAGGAAGAAUUGGCUAUUAGAAGAUCAGACCAGGAAAAAGCACAAGACAGCACCAGAGGAACAACAAGACAACAAUAAAAGCUUUAUAGAAACAGCAGUUGAAAUGCCCAGUUCUCUUGAAACCCCAGUAAAAUCUCCUGAACCUGAAGGUACUUUGCAACCUGUGCUCUCUCUCAUUCCAAGAGAAAAGAAAGCCCCGCGUCCUCCAAAGAAAAAGUACCAGAAAGCCGGGCUGUAUUCUGAUGUUUACAAAACUACAGACCCAAAGAGCCGAUUAAUCCAAUUAAAGAAAGAGAAGCUGGAAUAUGCUCCAGGAGAGCAUGAAUAUGGAUUAUUCCCAGCACCCAUUCAUGUUGGAAAGUAUCUAAGACAGAAGAGAAUUGAUUUCCAGCUUCCCUAUGAUAUCCUCUGGCAGUGGAAACACAAUCAGCUAUACAAAAAGCCAGAUGUCCCACUAUAUAAAAAAAUUCGUUCAAAUGUCUACGUUGAUGUCAAACCUCUUUCUGGCUAUGAGGCUACUACCUGUAACUGUAAGAAACCAGAUGAUGACACCAGGAAGGGCUGUGUGGAUGACUGCCUCAAUAGAAUGAUCUUUGCUGAGUGUUCCCCUAAUACUUGCCCUUGUGGUGAGCAGUGCUGUAACCAGAGGAUACAGAGGCAUGAGUGGGUACAAUGUCUGGAACGAUUUCGAGCUGAGGAAAAAGGUUGGGGAAUCAGAACCAAAGAACCCCUAAAAGCUGGUCAGUUCAUCAUUGAAUACCUUGGGGAAGUUGUCAGCGAACAGGAAUUCAGGAACAGGAUGAUUGAACAGUAUCAUAAUCACAGUGACCACUACUGUCUAAACCUGGAUAGCGGGAUGGUGAUUGACAGUUACCGAAUGGGAAAUGAGGCCAGGUUCAUUAACCACAGCUGUGACCCAAAUUGUGAAAUGCAGAAAUGGUCUGUUAACGGACUGUACCGUAUUGGACUGUAUGCACUUAAAGAUAUGCCAGCUGGGACUGAACUUACUUAUGAUUAUAACUUUCAUUCCUUCAACGUUGAAAAACAACAACUUUGUAAAUGUGGCUUUGAGAAGUGCAGAGGAAUCAUCGGAGGCAAAAGUCAACGAAUGAAUGGACUCACCAGCAACAAAAGCAGUCAGCCUAUGACCACACAUAAAAAAUCUGGACGGUCUAAAGAGAAGAGAAAGUCUAAGCACAAGCUGAAGAAAAGGAGAGGCCAUCCUUCUGAAGAACCCAGUGAAAACAUCAAUACCCCAACAAGACUGACUCCCCAGUUACAGAUGAAGCCAAUGUCCAAUCGAGAGAGGAACUUUGUAUUAAAGCAUCAUGUGUUCUUGGUCCGGAACUGGGAAAAGAUUCAUCAAAAACAGGAGGAAGUAAAGCACACCAGUGAUAAUAUUCAUUCUUCAUCAUUGUACACCCGCUGGAAUGGUAUCUGCCGAGAUGAUGGGAAUAUCAAGUCUGAUGUCUUCAUGACCCAGUUCUCUGCCCUACAGACAGCUAGAUCUGUUCGAACAAGACGGUUGGCAGCUGCAGAGGAAAACAUUGAAGUGGCUCGGGCAGCACGCCUAGCCCAGAUAUUCAAAGAGAUCUGUGAUGGCAUCAUCUCUUACAAAGAUUCUUCCCGGCAAGCACUUGCAGCUCCACUUUUGAAUCUACCCCCCAAAAAAAAGAAUGCUGAUUAUUAUGAGAAGAUCUCUGAUCCCUUAGAUCUCAUCACCAUAGAAAAGCAGAUCCUCAUUGGUUAUUAUAAGACAGUGGAAGCUUUUGAUGCAGAUAUGCUCAAGGUCUUUCGGAAUGCUGAGAAGUACUAUGGGCGUAAAUCCCCAAUUGGUAGAGAUGUUUGCCGCUUGCGGAAGGCCUAUUACAGUGCCCGGCAUGAGGCAUCAGCCCAAAUUGAUGAGAUUGUGGGUGAAACAGCAAGUGAAGCAGACAGCAGUGAGACCUCUGUCUCUGAGAAAGAGAAUGGGCAUGAGAAGGACGAUGAUGUUAUCCGCUGUAUCUGUGGCCUCUACAAGGAUGAAGGCCUCAUGAUCCAGUGUGACAAGUGCAUGGUGUGGCAGCACUGUGACUGUAUGGGAGUAAACUCAGAUGUGGAACACUACCUUUGUGAGCAGUGUGACCCACGGCCUGUGGACAGGGAGGUACCCAUGAUCCCACGGCCCCACUAUGCCCAACCUGGCUGUGUCUACUUCAUCUGUUUGCUCCGAGAUGACUUGCUGCUUCGUCAGGGUGAUUGUGUGUAUUUGAUGAGGGAUAGUCGGCGUACCCCUGAUGGCCACCCAGUCCGUCAGUCCUAUAGGCUGUUAUCUCAUACUAACCGAGAUAAGCUUGACAUCUUUCGAAUUGAGAAGCUUUGGAAGAAUGAAAAAGAAGAACGGUUUGCCUUUGGUCACCAUUAUUUCCGUCCCCAUGAAACCCAUCAUUCUCCAUCCCGCCGGUUCUAUCACAAUGAACUAUUUCGGGUGCCACUUUAUGAGAUCAUUCCCUUGGAGGCUGUAGUUGGAACCUGCUGUGUGUUGGACCUUUAUACAUAUUGUAAAGGGAGACCCAAAGGAGUGAAGGAACAAGAUGUAUACAUCUGUGAUUAUCGGCUUGACAAGUCAGCACACUUAUUUUACAAGAUACACCGGAACCGCUAUCCUGUCUGCACUAAACCCUAUGCCUUUGAUCAUUUCCCCAAGAAGCUUACUCCCAAAAGAGAUUUCUCACCUCAUUAUGUCCCAGACAACUACAAGAGGAACGGAGGGCGAUCAUCCUGGAAGUCUGAACGCUCAAAGCCACCCCUAAAAGAUCUAGGGCAAGAAGAUGAUGCUUUGCCCUUGAUUGAAGAGGUACUAGCCAAUCAGGAACAAGCAGCCAAUGAAAUUCACAGUCUUGAGGAGCCAGAACAGGAGAGGACCACUGCUGAAGUCAGUGAGGGUGAAAAAAAAACAGAGGAAAGUAGUCAAGAACCCCAGUUAACCUGCACACCUGAAGAACGAAGGCAUAACCAGCGGGAGCGACUCAACCAGAUCUUGCUCAAUCUCCUUGAGAAAAUCCCUGGAAAAAAUGCCAUUGAUGUGACCUACUUGCUGGAAGAAGGAUCAGGCAGGAAACUGCGAAGGCGUACUUUGUUUAUUCCAGAAAACAGCUUUCGGAAGUGAUCUUCAAAAAAAUGAGAACUUCAAGCAUCUGGGAUCCAGUGGAACUCACCAGUCCUGUUUCCUGCUCUGUGGGUGUGGACAGGGGUGGGAAAGGUCCCUCCAGACAAGGAGAGUGGGGUCAACUCUUUGACAUUAGGUACUUACUAAAGCUUGGAGCUAGUGGAGAGGGUGGGGAAGUGGAUCUGACUGAGACAGCUGAGUUUAAUUUUCCUCUUCAUUGCUUUACCCUAAGGGUUAAUGUAGCGAAGAGGAAGGACCACAUUAAGAAUAACCAGAAGCUAUUGGUACUUUUCAGCACUUAACUCUCUCCACAGCUUGGGUUUUUCUGGGUCACCCUCUGACCCCACAGGCACUAAGAAGCUGUUUCCCAUACCCAGGUAGAAAUUCAAAAUCCAAAGGAAAGGGCUGGGAUCCCAGUCCUACCCCAUCCAUUCACUUUUGGCUCUAAGAGCUACCCCGAGAGACCUAAAGCAGUUACAGUAGCUGAGGCCUCUUCUAAGAUCUUUGACUAGGAAAGUUUCUCCCUCCUUUCUUACCCGACCAGGUCAAAGUGAAACAUGAAUUGACAACUCAAAGCACUUAGAACUGCUGCCACUCUCCUAUCUCUACUCCCUAAAAUGGAAUCGUGGGAUAGAGGAGGCCCCCAUGGGGUCAGAAGGGCAGUACUUUUAAUGAUUUUUGUUUUACCCUUCAUAACCUGCCGAGCAUACUUUUUUCUGAUGAGAAAGCCAAGCCCCCGCCAGCACAAUGCUGUUUUUGAUGCGCUGUGGUUCUUGUAUAUCUGCUGUGCUGUGCAAAUGAAGAUACAUUUCAAAAAGUUUCAUUUUUAAAACUACAUAAAAACUCUAUAAACUCCCCCAACAAAACUCACUACAUAAACUGUUCAGCAGUAUUCACCUAUCAGAGUAUUUGUUGUAAGUGUAGAUUAUCAAUUGAAAACACUACUCUUAUUUUCCUAAUUGUAUAGCUCUCAGUGUCCAUCUCUUCAAGAGACAGUGUUCUUUUUACCCUUAGUCCCAUCUUCUUUUACCUUCCUGAAUGACUUCAUCAUUGGGAGGUAUAUCCAGGGUCUCCUUCCCUCCCAGUCACUUGACCAGAAGUUACGAGACUAUACUAUCUCUUUAAAAGAAAACUCAAAAAGCUUUGCUUUAUCUUCUCAGACAUACAUAUGCAUAUACAUUUUAGAUGUUCUUAUAAGAGAAAAGAUGAUUUUUAAAUGUGCCAAGUUAUAUGUGUGUAUAUAUAUGUGUGUGUGUGUAUAUAUGUGUGUGUGUGUGUAUAUAUAUAUAUAUAUAUGUGUGUAUAUAUAUACAUAUAUAUAUAUGUAUGUAUGCUGUGUGAUUGGUAAGCAAUACACUAGUAAACAUGUCCCCAUUACUUUUUUCUAAUAUUGGACCAAUGAUGUCCUAAUUGUAUAUUUCCUUCCCCUUAUGAUGAUGACGCUCUGACUCGUUUAGGUAGAAACAUUGACCACCUUCCAUUCCAUUGAUUUUUUUUUUUUUCCUUCUCCUUUCUGUGUCAUUCUUAAGGAAAAACAAAAAAACAAAAAAACAAAAGGUGGGGAUGCCAUAGAUCCCCUUGAGCAGAGAAAAAGCAAAAUAAAUAUUUUAUUAAAGAAAAAAGAGAAAUUAAGAAAAUAGUUUGGAGUAUUUUCUUACUGUAGAGAAGCACUGUACAUUACUAAGAGACCUGGGUAUAAGAUACUCACAUGUGGAGCUGGGAAAAUCGCAUGUCCAAGCCCGUUUCAGUGGUUUCUUUCUUUCUUCAUUGCAGGGAGUAGGCGGGAGGGAGGUGGGACUAAGGGCACUUUGGGGGUCUCCUUUUAGUCAAAAGCAAGGAAAUGACAAAGAGAUUAAAUUCAAUGUUUCCUUUAAUAGUGUUAAACACUAAGAUUUUAAAAAAGACAAAAAAGGAAAAACUUUGUAAAAUACGCGAACAGAAGCAAAAGACACUACGCUGUCAUUUUAUCUUUCUUUUAUUGAAAGACUAAAAACAAAUGUUUUUUAGACAAUCAAAUGUUAGGUAAGUGCAAAAACUUGUUUUUUCUUACUGGUGUAGAAAUUAAUGCCUUUUUUUAUUUUCCAGUUAUUUUAUAAUAACAAAAUAAGAACAACCCCCCAGCUGCCAGGCGGGUUUUGGUGUUUGAAAUGCGGGGCAAAGCACUACAUCACUGCAAAUAGAUACAGAGUAGUCUGCAUGUCUGUAGGCUGUGUGAUUGCGGAAAAUAUAAAUGCUGCUAAUAUAUUUCCUUUUUACAAAAAAGCCUAUCUAAAUAAUAGAUGAUUGUUUUGAUGUUAAUCUUUGUAAAUUAUGUAUUACCAAUUUUAACAUUGGAUGUAAUUGCAUAAAAGCUUGCAUCUCAAUCCUUGAAAGUCUAGUAUUAAAUGGAAACAACUUUUCCUAACUUGAGUGGUGAGCUUGUUUCUCCCUCAGCUCCCCCUUCCUGUGCUCCAGAAUCUCCCAGCAUCUUCUCCAUCCUGUUUCCAAAGAGAUGUUUCUGAAACAAUAUCAUCAGUAUCCUGAGCCCCACAUGAGCACAGCCCCCACUGCUGACCACCUGAUAAAGUCAUUUCUUCUAUGCUAGGGUCUUGUUGGAUUUAGUCUGACCAUGAACAGCACACCAGACAUCCAGCUAUUUCUCAAACAUGCCCUGCUAUUCCGUACAUCCAUUCCUCACUCAUUAGUAACCUCUGAAGCUGGCAAUAACAUAGAGCCACAUUUCCAUACUGAGGGCCAAACCCACAGUAUUUGCACACUAAGCAAAUACUGAGCCAUACCUCUACCCAAAAGCCACUUUUGUGAGUGGAUUUUUUUUUAGGUUAUUUGUUGUUUUGAGACAAGGAAGGUCUGUCCUCAAAGUCAGUCCUUCUGCCUCAGUCUCCCAAGCACAUGGAUGACAUGCAUGUGCUACUACAUCUGGCUCCAAAGCCACUUUUUUUUUUUUUUUUUUGGUUUUUUUUAUUU